AUGGCGGACGUUGACACCAAAUCUACGGAUGCGGCUCAGUACUCCGCGUCAUCGCAUGACGAUGAGGAGAAUUUGCAAAUCUCAUCGGGCCGUGAUUGGACUCCGGAAGAGGAGGCGAGAGCAAAGAAAAAGCUCGAUCUAAUUAUUAUGCCACUGUUAACACUCGGGUUUUUCUGCCUACAGCUCGACCGAGGCAACAUUGCCAACGCCAUCACAGACAGCUUCAUGGAAGAUGUUGGAGUUACCCAGAACGAAUUCAACGUCGGCCAGCAGAUGCUUUCACUCGGUAUCGUCUUGUUUGAAAUCCCCUCCAACAUGAUUCUCUACCGCGUCGGGCCGGGCAAGUGGCUCACUCUCCAACUCUUCCUCUUUGGAAUCGUCAGUACCUUCCAGGCAUUUCAAAGCAGUUAUGGGGCCUUUAUUGCAACCCGUUUCUUGCUUGGCCUGACCGAGUGUGGUUUCAUCCCUGGCGGACUCUGGACGCUGUCCACCUGGUACACCCGCAAGGAGACGGCCAAACGUGUUAUGUUUUUUUACUUUGGGAAUCAAUUCGGCCAGGCCUCUUCCAAACUCCUGGCGUACGGGAUUCUGCACAUGCGGGGUGUUGCAGACCGGGCUGGCUGGUUUUGGUUGUUCAUCAUAAUGGGGGGUUUCACCAUUUUCAGCGGCUUCAUCCUCGGCUUCUGUCUCCCGGAUUCGUUCCGCAACCCCUGCCCGUCUUUUCUCCCCGGUGUCAGGCUCUUCACCCCACGAGAGCUGCAUAUCCUCCAAACCCGCGUGCUGCAGGAUGACCCCAUGAAGGGGAGGAAGAAGAGACACAUCAAGCUUGAUGCCUUCAAGCGCGCUUUUGCCGACUGGCGUUUGUGGUGUCAUGUUCUGAUCACACUUUGCAACAACGGCCCACAGCGUGCCUUUGAUACGUAUUCACCUUCCAUCGUUAGGAGCUUCGGUUUUGGCACUUUGACAAGCAAUGCCAUGGCAUCUGUUGGCCUCUUCCUUCAGCUUCCCGUGUCUUUCACCUUUAGUUACAUUUCGGAUCGCUUCAACAAGCGAGGGGAAACCGUCAUUGCAGGUUUCUUUUGCCAUCUUCUUGGCUACAUUUUUAAUCGCUCCUUCACCGAACUCGGUGACCUCCGCGGCAUUCGGUACUUUGGCGUCGUCUGGACGCAAACAUUUGGCACCUUCUCUCAUCCCCUAAACAUCGCCUGGAUGUCCCUCACUUGCGAAGACUCUGAAGUGCGAGCCUUGGCCAUGGCAAUGGUCAUCAUGGGCGCCAACAUCGCAGGCAUUUAUGGCGCUCAGAUUUUCCGCGAGGAAGACAAGCCAUUUUACCGGCGUGGUUUCACCAUCAACAUUGCGGUGCUAGCGUCUGGGCUCGCGCUCGGCAUUAUUCGCUAUGUCUACGACGUUGUCCGUAAGAGACGCAACCCACGCCAGGAGGACCAACCCUUAGAGGGUCAGACAGUGCAUCCCCGCAAGGAUGGGGACAUCGACGAGAAGGCGAGUAAUGAGAGUUCUUCGGGCGUGAAGCGGUCCCCCUUGCCAAAACCAACCAAGUGA